AUGGAGUACUUCUAUUCCGUCAUCUCUCCCAGCUUGGCAUCCGAGGCAACAAUACAGGCACAAGCUGGACAACGUGAAAGUACUCGAAAGGGAGCCAUAGCCGGAAGGCUCAUGAGUGGAUCCUCCGCCACUCAGGGAGGCCACUCAAAGGAGAACUCGAAGAGGCGGUCCGAGGACCACGGAGCCGAUCGCUCAGGUGAUGGGGAUGAACAAAAGAGGCCGCGUUUGACCUCUUCGUCUACGGAAGUUUCACGCCUCGCGUGUCCCUACUUUAAGAAGACCCCUCAACGGUAUUGCACUUCAAAGUGGCGCUCAUGUCCGGGGCCUGGCUGGGAGACAGUUCACAGGGUCAAAGAGCAUCUCUACAGGUGCCACAUGCUACCGAUCAUAUGCCCACGCUGUCAGAUAACGUUUGAAACGGACGAGGAGCGUAAUGAGCACCUACAAAUGGACGAUAUAUGUCCAAAGAAAAGCAAGCCUGACUUGUACGGCAUUGAUUCGAAGCAGGAAAAGCUUCUGCACAGCCGCAAGAAGGGGGGUAAGAAUAUGAGCGAGGCAGAUAAGUGGAGAGAUGUUUAUCUCAUCCUGUUCCCCAAUAUCGGUCCAGAAGACAUACCCAGUCCAUAUCUGGACUUUGGCGGCAAUGCCGAUGCCGGGGAGGCAGAUUCGGCCUUUGCGCGGUACGAGCGGUACCUAAGACGAGAACUCCCGAGAAAAGUUCGACAAGAGUUCGAAACCCGUAUCGAACAAGCCCUUGAACCAAUGGAAGAGACUCUUAAGAGUCAGGUUGUAGACAUCGUACGAGAUGCGCAACUUUCACUCUUCCAGAGCUUUGUGUCUUCAAAUCCAGAUUCGGCAGAGCCCUACAACGGCGACUCAAUGGCAGAGUGCGGGUCGAUGGCAAGCAAUCGUGCAGCAUUUGAUGGCCAGAUAGAGGCACUCAGGCCGUUGCCCUACAUUGAAGGCGGCUUCAACGGUAUUUGCCUUCAGUUCCCGCCUGACCCAGCCAACUAUGCCUUUCUCAGCCUCGAGGAGGCUUCAACCUUCGGGCAACAACCAUCAGCGGCUUCUCUGCAGCCACUCGGAUACGACGACCUGGACUCGGGAUAUUUCUCGAUUACACCGUCUACGUCCCUAUUUGACGCUGACAGCACUAACGGGCUACCAAAGGUAACCUCUAAAUAA